CGGUCCCUGUCAUCCCGCUGGCUUCUGGAACCAGCAGGCACGGAGGCUCCCAUGCCCCAGUGGUCCCCUCCCUUCAUAUUCGGUUUGUGCAGGGCACUCAAGCCCUUUAAAAAAAAAACACUGCACUUUCCCAUGUGAACUGCUUCCUGCUCCCGUUUACUCCAUCUUGAGUGACUUGGCCACCCUGCUGCCAGCUGAAGGAGGUUGGGGACUCUAUGAGUCACAAGUCCCUCAGGCCCACAGCCGGGACAUCAUCAAGUCUUCUCAGGGAGAUGAAGGCAGCUGGAGAGCCACCCCCGGACCUCGGGCAGACCCUGGAAUGGCUGAGACGGGAGCUGUCCGAGAUGCAGAUCCAAGACCAGCAGCUUCUGCUCACGCUGAGACACCUUCACGGGGUCCUGGAGGAGCUGCGAGCCGAGAGCGCCCGCUGGGAGGAGGCACGGUCCAGCGCAGGGACCAGCCCUGCUAGAGCCCGGGCGGGCUCUGAAGGCCGGGGCUGCCAGCCGGUCUCCCUGCGGGGGCUGGCCCAGCUCCUCCGAGGGGAAGAGAGCAGGCGAAGCUCCCUUCCGUAACUGGGCAGAAAAGGCACCGGCCUUGGGCCCUCCUGCCGCUGGUGUGGGCUUUGGCUGUGAUGGAAGGGAGGGGGCUCUGGAGGGGAGCCCGGGAGCCUGGAGCCUGGGACCAGGUUCUGGGGUCAUCUCUGGCCUUAUCUGCUGUGCUUCUGGAUCCGUCACUCAACUCUGUCUCUGGUCCCUUUUCUGUCACUUAUCAGAGGUUUUUCUGGUUGUUUUGUUUUAAGCAUCAAUAAAGUGCAGGAUGCGGACGUUC